AUGCUACGGUUGCCUAUCCAGGCCCGUGGCCCCCUCAGGGCGCACCGCAACUCCCUCGUCCGCUAUCGGCGUGCGCCGAAGCCGCAUAUCCGCCCUGUCCGCCGUGGAUUCACCAGCUCAUCAGCCACGUUCCCUACACUGUCUCAGUUCGAUCGUUCUGAUUUCACGAGUCAGCCAUGGACUGGCAGCUAUGAACCGGGUCUCCCCACCGCUGGCCCUCUGGCGUCUGCUCCGGCUUUCGGAGCACCCCGGGUAACCCCCAGAACGUUGAAGCAAUACCUAGACCAGUUUGUUGUUGGCCAGGACCGCGCGAAAAAGAUCCUUAGUGUCGCCGUGUUCAAUCAUUAUCAACGAGUACAAGAGCUACAAAGACGCGAAGAUGAAAAUGCAGAGUUGCUGGCGAAGCGUGCGCGUAAGGAAGCAAUUGAACAUCACCCGGUCGAGGACGAAUUCCCAGGUCAGCAACGAACCGUCCAUAUACCCUCCGAAGUAGACACAUUGCCUCUCCCGUCGGCGCAGCCGGAACUCGACGACUCAUCAGCACUGCAGCUGGAGAAAUCCAAUAUUCUUCUUUUGGGACCAUCCGGUGUUGGAAAGACGCUGAUGGCAAAGACACUGGCGAGAAUACUCUCUGUGCCAUUCAGCAUUUCCGAUUGUACCCCGUUCACGCAGGCCGGCUACAUUGGGGAGGAUGCCGAAGUAUGCGUUCACAGGCUUUUAGCUGCUGCGAACUACGACGUUGAACAGGCGGAGCGCGGCAUAAUCGUCUUGGAUGAGGUGGACAAGAUUGCGGCAGCAAAGGUCAGUCACGGGAAGGAUGUCAGCGGUGAAGGAGUGCAGCAGGCUCUCUUGAAGCUCAUCGAGGGCACAACCGUGCAAAUCCAAGCGAAACAAGAAAGAAGCGCACCUCGCACCGGCAGUCCACCCAAUUCAUUCCCAUCCAACAGCCCCCUUGGAAACUCUCCGUACACUCCCAAUGGCGGGAACAUGCCUCAAAAAGGCGAGGUUUAUAAUGUGCGCACGGACAACAUCCUCUUCAUCUUCUCUGGCGCCUUCGUCGGUCUGCACAAAGUAAUCAUGGAUAGAAUCUCUCGCGGUUCGAUCGGCUUUGGCCAGCCCGUUCGGGGCUCAGCUAUCACGAACGACCGAUCCAGAGCAUCCAGCCCCGGAAGCAAUCAGCCCAUCCCCAUACUCCCAGGAUCCGAAGAAGAGGCAUUAUACAAAAAACAUCUCCCCUUCUUCACUUCUGCUUCGUCUGGGUCACCUGACGGCGAACCAACCUAUUUCAACGCCUUAGAUCUUCUCAACCCCACAGACCUACAAAACUACGGCUUUAUCCCCGAGUUAGUCGGCCGUGUGCCGGUGACCGCCGCGCUCUCCACAUUAACCACCCCUCUCCUCGUCCGGAUCCUGACCGAACCCCGCAACUCGCUCCUAGCACAGUACACGACUCUAUUUAAUCUCUCCGGCAUCGAGCUCCGCUUCACGACUCCAGCCCUGCACAAAAUCGCUGCCAACGCCUUCACCAUGGGCACCGGGGCCCGUGCCCUCCGCAGCGAGCUAGAAACCAUCCUCAGCGACGCCAUGUUCGAGACCCCCGGCUCCAGCGUAAAAUUCGUCCUCGUCACCGAAUCCGUCGCCGAGCGCAACGAAAAGCCCAUCUAUCUCGCCCGCGGCCAAGGCGGUCGCUUCCACUCCAUGAUCGCCGCCGAAGAAAGCAAAUGGGAAGAGAAGGUCCGUCGCGAAAAGGCAGAGAAGGGAAAAGACAAGAGCCCCAAACCACCGCCAUCGGAUGAACUUCCCCCGAUCGCCAGUUUCCGGGAAUAUCGUACCCAGUCGGCGGGCUUCUAA